AUGGGUAUCCUGCGUAGCGAGACCAUGACCCAUGGUACUCUCGUGGUCCCAGCGCAGUGGGCUAGGCAUUAUGUCAAUAUACUUGGUCACGAGACCAGUAUGAUGUUUCAGGACAUGAACGACAACACUAUGAACAGACCGUAUCGUAAGUACAUUCAACGCAUUGAGGAGAUGGAGAGGAUGUUGAGGGUCUUUUCCAAGGAGCUCGAGGACGUGAACUACAUGCCACUUUACAAGAACCGUGUUGAUGAUUUCUUGCAGCAUGACAAUGAGCUGUCAUUGGAUCCCUUAGAAGCUGAACUGAAGGGAAUCUAUGAUCGUUUUAUCCGCUUUCAAUCUAACAACGAAGUCCUCACUGCUGAGCUCAACGCUGCUGUUGAGGAACUCCAUGUUGUUUGGGCCGGCAUCGCUGAGGGUAUGCUAGGUGGUGGUGGCGGCGGCCUCGAUGCUCCUCUGUUGGACGGUGAGGCUGGUGGACCGAGCUAUGCGAAGAUGAAUGGUAUGCAGUUCUCUAACAUCGCUGGUGUUAUCGAUCUCAAACAGCAGGAGACCUUCGCACGUACCGUCUUUCGUGCAACUCGUGGUACAGCUUUCACACACUUCACUGAGAUCACCGAGGAAGAGGCGCACACGCAGCUUGAACCAAAGAGUGUUUUCGUCAUCUACUUUCAAGGGGAUGCAGCCACCAGUGCUAUGGCGGCUAAAUUGACGCGUAUCUGUAAAGCGAUAGGCGUGAGGUUGUAUGCUUGGCCAGCGUCGACAGCUGAGGGUAGCGCACGUUCUCGUGCCCUCGAGUCAAUUAUCUCGGACAAGAAAGCUGCCUUGCGUGGUUUCGAGAGAAUCAUGCGUGAUGAAACAAGGAUGCUCCUAGAGCCCAUUCGUAUGGGCGGCAACUCUCGCAUUGAAGAGUGGAAGCUGUUCUGUAUCAAGGAAAAGAGUAUUUAUGCAACGCUGAAUCUCUUUGAAGGGAGCACGACUCUGAGGGCUGACUGUUGGUAUGCUGCUGAGGACGAAGACGCCAUUCGCCACGUGCUGGCCCAUGCCUCUUUCGGUGGAUCUGCUCGUGCUUCUGCCACACUCGUCACGGAUGCUACUUGUACGGGCAAGACGCCCCCUACUUACAUCAAGAGGAAUGCCUUCACUGACGCCUUCCAGGAGUUGGUUGAGACGUACGGGGUCCCGCACUACAAAGAGUUCAACCCGGGUGUCUUCACUAUUGUCACUUUCCCCUUCAUGUUUGGCGUCAUGUACGGCGAUGUGGCCCACGGUGCGAUGUUGUUAUGUGUAGCCAUAUAUGCCUUGCUGAAUGCUGACAAGUGGAAAUAUAGUGACAAUGCUGUGCAUCAGGGGUUGUCUUAUGCUCGGUAUCUACUCUUUGCUAUGGGGUUCUUUGCCAUAUACGCUGGUUUCAUGUACAACGACUUUUUGUCAGUCGGCAUUGGUAUUUUCGGGGACUCUCGUUAUGAGGACCCUCAGCAUCUUGGAAAAGGUAGCAGCUAUGAGAUGAAGCCCAAGCCAUGGUUCGACAGUUCUAAUAGUGGCGACGGUCACGGCCCUUAUCCGUUCGGAAUCGAUCCCUCCUGGCACGGUGCUAAUAACGAGCUGCUCUUCAUGAACUCACUAAAGAUGAAAUUGUCGGUCCUGUUCGGUGUUGCCCAAAUGCUACUCGGGGUUUGUCUUAAAUUCAGUAACUCUAUUCAUGGUCGCCAGUGGACAGACUUUGUCUUCGAGUGUAUCCCCCAGCUGGCGUUCAUGAUAUGUUUUUUCGGUUACAUGGACUGGAUGAUAAUGUAUAAAUGGGUUACACCAGUGACGCAAGACCCCAACCUCAACGGUGCACCAUCACUUAUCAACACGCUCAUAGGUAUGGGUCUGAGCCAGCCCAACAGGCAACCCCUGUAUGAAGGACAGUCGGACAUUCAGAAGACUCUCAUGAUUAUCACUGCUUGUGCAGUUCCCUUGAUGCUCAUUCCUAAGCCGGUGAUCAUCUUCAUCAAAAGGAGGCUCUCGAGUAGAGCUAGUUCUUCCUCGGGAAUGAAUGGUGAUCUAGAACAGCCUCUGCUUGGGGAACACAAGGGUCAUGAAGAUGAACAUGAUGAGGAACCUUUUGGCGAGGUGUGCAUUCACCAGAUCAUCGAGACCAUAGAGUAUGUGCUGGGAACUAUAUCUCAUACAGCAUCAUAUCUCCGUCAAUGGGCACUGUCGUUGGCUCAUCAACAGCUGUCGCUGGUUUUCUUCCAGAAGACUCUUCAACCUAUGUUGGAAACCACGGGUAGCCUUCAAGCGGUUUGGAUCUAUCUGGGCUUCGCUGUGCUCUUUGGUAUCACCGUUGGAGUUUUGCUGUUCAUGGAUGUCCUGGAGUGCUUCCUUCAUACGUUACGUUUGCAUUGGGUGGAAUUUCAAUCCAAGUUUUACAAGGCUGAUGGUUACUCGUUCGUACCGUUUCGCCAUCACCAGGUGCUCGUGGCUGAGCUAAACAGCUGA